AGCCAAUUUUGUCAUUUGCGCAAAGCGUAACUCUCCGGUGCGUGUGCUCUGAGCUGGUUCCUUUAAGAAUCGGCACACGUUUCUUCAUUUUGGAUCGUCCUCGAAGCUCAAUCUGAAUCUCUCAGUUAUCUCAGCUUUGAUCUUUGAUAAAUAUCUCGUUAAUCGCUCUCGACGGGGAAGACGAAGAAAUAAUGCAGUUCUUCGGUGGAUCGGAGAUAAGUCCGUCGCCGCCUGUUCCGACGGUGAGUGGUAACAACGCGCACAUGAUGUACGUUUUCAACAGAAACGGUGUGUGUCUUCUCUACAAAGAAUGGAAUCGGCCUCUUCACACGCUCAAUCCCCAGCAAGAUCACAAACUCAUGUUCGGUCUUCUCUUCUCCCUCAAAUCCCUCACCGCCAAGAUGGAUCCCGUCAAUGCGGAUAAAGGGAAUCUAGGGGUUCCACAGUUGCCGGGACAAGGAUGCUCUUUCCACAGUUUCCGUACGAACACUUACAAGCUAAGCUUCAUGGAGACUCCCUCUGGUAUUAAGAUUAUCUUAGUAACUCAUCCAAAGACGGGAGAUUUACGGGAAUCCCUCAAGUACAUCUACGGUUUAUACGUUGAGUACGUUGUAAAAAAUCCUAUAUACAACCCAGGAUCUCCAAUCAAGUCGGAGUUGUUCAACACUGCACUUGACCAAUACGUAAGGAGCAUCUCAUAGUGUGUGGGGCAUUAAAGAUUUGGCCAUUGGAACCUCUUUUGCUUCACAGAACUCUAUUAUGAACCAUCUCUGUAGAGAAGAGGGAAUUGCAUUAGAGAGAUCAAUCUGGAGUCGACUGUUUGCUCAGCAUAUGUAUCUUUGUUUACACUUUCUUUUUUUUUUUUCUUGUUUUUGUUGUUUACACUUUCUUAACUCACUGUUUUUGUUUGUUAUCAAAGAUAUGUAUGGUUUACUCAAAAAUCUUGAAUUGCCAUAUAAGCAAGAAAGCGUAAUUACCUCUACUUGAAGGCAAAACAAAAAAAAAA